AUGAUUGAAAAAUUCUCAAUACCACAAAUCGAUAAAAAUCGUCUACAAAAACAAGUAGACAUGGGAGUACUAUAUCAAAAACAUGAUUAUUCUCAACACUGUCAAGAGCAUGCCACUUGCUCAUAUCAUUGCAUUAAUUUUGCAUUAUCUGAUUCAAUUGUUAAAGAAUUUCAAUCACCAUGUCACGUACAACAUACAGAAAGAUGUCCAGAACGUGAUAAUAUACUUUGCACAUUGGCCGAGAUAGAAUACCAUAUCACGAAUGUAAUUGAUUCAGAAUAUCGUCAAGAGUUUUCUUACGAUUUUCAUAAUGCAAGUGAAAGUAUAGUUGAAUUAUUUCGACAUGUUCUACGUGGUGUUUGCCAGAACAAUGAAAAAACAAAAAUUAUUAAAAAUUUAUCUUCAGAUUCAACAUUUGCAAUUUUUGAUUGGGGACAGAAAAUCAUUCCACAACGUUAUCGAGAACCACAGAGAGACAAACCAAAUAAUGAUUCAACAGCAACGCUUAAUGAUUUAACAACAACAUUUAAUCAUUUAACAACAUCGUUUAAUAAUUCAACAGCAUCAUUUAAUAAUUCAGCAGCAUCAUUUAAUAAUUCAACAGCAUCAUUUAAUAACUCAACAGCAACAUUUAAUAAUUCAACAGCAACCAUUGCUGACUCCAAUUAUAUACCAACAACAUAUAUUGUUGCAUUGACAUUUGCAAAUCAAAAUGAUCUUGACACAGUCAGUGCAACGCAAUUGAUUAUUGAAAAAUUUUAUGAAGACCAUUCUCACAUCAAAUAUGUUUUUAAAAGAUCUGAUAAUGCAAGUAACUUUAGUUCGCACUCCACGACAGAAGCCGCACAUUUGAUUUGUAAAAAAGUAAGUAAAUAG